AUGCCAAAAACACUGCCGUCAUCGGUGGUCAGCAGUGAUAAUCACCAUCAAAAUUACCCUGAUAAUCAAAUUGAUGAUGCCGAGCAUCUAGGCACUUGUGGAAUGGGCUCGUGGCGGCCCAAAUGGCUACAGGUGUUUGCGAGCCCCCUAUUUUUCACGGUCAAUUUUACACUGAUCGGGAUCAUUCAGAGUUUGUCGGGCACUUAUAUGAUGUCCAAUUUUAGUACAUUGGAAAAGAGGUUUGGCUUUGACUCAAAGAUGUCCAGCGCUAUACUGAUUGCCGAUCAGGUCAUGGAAAUGCUGAUAAGCCCGUUUAUAGGCUAUCUGGGCACCCGAUUUAGCAGACCAAGAUUAUUAGCAUUUGGUCAGUUAGUACAAGCGUUGGCCAUGUUCAUUAACGUAAUGCCCUACAUGAUCUACGGCCCGGGCACACACCUACUCACCGACGAUAGUCUACUGUCGGUCACAUUGGCUAAAAACGAGACCCGAUACGAGUCGUGUCCGGCCGAUCCCACUGGCAUUGACUGCUCCGGUGGUAAGCACUCGACGGUAUGGCCGGCGUUCAUCAUUUUCCUGGUUGGAGGCGCUGUGAAGGGCUUCGGGUAUACGACCUUUUGGGUGAUCGGCACGCCUUAUAUCGAUGACAAUGUGAGCAAAAAUAACUCACCUAUGUACUUAAGUGUCAUCACCUCGCUCAGAUUGAUCGGACCGGCCGGUGGUUUCCUACUGUCGGGCCUGGCGUUACGUUUUUAUGAAAAUCCCUUUUGGAUGUUACAAAGCGUCAAACGGUUAUUCAAAAACAAAUUGUUCGUGUUCAAUUUGGCCGGCAACGUGUUCAGGCACACUGGUUUCGGUGGCUAUUAUAUCAACAAAACCAAAUACAUUGAGUCCCAGUUCCGGCAGACCAGCUCCGGGGCCAGUAUCCUGACGGGCACCACAAGCAUACUGCCAAUGACUGUGGGUAUUAUGAUUAGCGGUAUGAUUAUCAAGUACAUUAAGCCCCGGCCCAUCACACUUGUCGUAUACAUGUUUGCUGUCGAGUGGUUCGCAAACGCCGGUAUGUUUGCCGGUAUGUUCAUCGGGUGCCCACCCCUACAACUUCCGCACACACUCACCGUAAAUAGCAAAUUUACAUUGAAUGCCGUGUGUAAUGAUGGCUGCAAUUGUACGACUAGUGUGUUCACACCAAUCUGUUCGGCCGAUAGGGUGACCACAUAUUUCUCGCCCUGUUAUGCUGGCUGUACGACCAUAAACAGGGCCACCCAGACAAUGUCAGGCUGCGAGUGCAUCGGCAACGGAGGUGUGGCCACUGCCGGGUACUGUCCGAGCGAUACCGCAAAUUGUGACACACUAUAUAUUUAUCUAUUGGUGAUGACAAUCGGUGGUAUUAUAACCUCGACCGCCAGCACCGCAUUCGUACCGUAUCCGUUAAUAUUUGGUACAGUAGUGGACUCAGCCUGUCUGGUAUGGGAGAGUAAGUGCGGUAAAAGCGGUAACUGUUGGCUAUAUGACCAGGAUCGGUUUCGGUAUACACUGCACGGCACGGCACUGGCCUUCAUCACGAUUGGCUCACUCUUUGAUUUGGGAAUCAUUUAUAACGCAAAUCUCAUUCAAAACUUUUACGACGAGCCGACCGGUGCUGAUGUCAGUGAUGGCGAAGAGACUGAUCCCAAAAUGACUUCUCCCUCUUCCCGGACUUCUCAUCCCGUAGUCCGUGUAGUACUUCUCAUACGUGUCCAUACAUACAGUCAUCACAGCCCAUACGUGCAUACAUCAGAGGUCCCAUCCGCAGGACUUCCCAUCCGUUCACUCGCACCNACUAACAUUCAUUCAUACAGUGACUUCUCCCUCUUCCCGGACUUCUCAUCCCGUAGUCCGUGUAGUACUUCUCAUACGUGUCCAUACAUACAGUCAUCACAGCCCAUACGUGCAUACAUCAGAGGUCCCAUCCGCAGGACUUCCCAUCCGUUCACUCGCACCACAACCUCUCGACACACAUGUUAA